UAUAAACCAUUAAACUCAAACAUACACACAUACAUUGAUACUUACAUACAUGCAGACACACAUAAAAAGUAUUUAUUUUCGUAGAUGCAAAGAAAUGUUUCUUUAACAAGAUUUUUAAGAAUUACUUGGAUCAUGAUGGAACCCUGGAUUUGGAUUUUUUUUAUCUCUUCCUUAUUCUCUAUGCUCGCGAAACAUGCUUGUCAAGUUCCACCCAACUAUAGUACCAAAUCCUUAAACCCCAUCAUCUUACUACCAGCCUCGUCCGAAAUAUCGUACGAAUCACUUCAUUAUCCAGUGCCCGUUGAACAGCAGUAUCAAGUAAUACCAUUAGUAAUAAACACGGGAAAAAUACCUUUAAUAAAUCAAGCAAUCCAAGCACCAAUACAAUACUUUGUACCUAAGAGUGAAAACCAACAUACACCGAUAUACGAAUCGGCACAAUAUUUACCGACUCGAGACGAACGUGUGCAACUACGUAACCCGGAAACAAUAUUAAAUUCAAACGACCAGGAAAUCAAAAAUCGACUUACAUAUGAUCGCAAUAAUUAUUCACCUACUGCAACUGCUAAGUUUUACUCUACAACGCAUGUCGAUGGUCGACCGGCAUCGCGAGGGUACAGUUACGGCUACAAAAUAAUCAACGGUCAUGUUGACGGUUUAAAUGACCAACAUAAUGUACCGAGAAUAACUGACGAUGGCAGAUCGGCUAGCUAUCAUUUAUCAAAAUCAGAGGAAACAGAUAAAGUGUUCGAGCACAAAAUAGAGCCAAAUUCUAAAUUACAAGAUGCGAACAACAAACGAAAAACAGAUAAAUUUGAAUCACAGAAUAACGGACCAGACAAUACAACCAGAACUUUUAAACCGAUAGUUGUUAAGACAGAGUUAAAUGCAACAGAAACUGAAUUGAAAAAAUAUUACAAGAAGGUAAAAAAUUCGGAAACACCAAUCAAUAAAGUGACCAAUAAAAAUGGAAAUUGACAACAAUCCUGCGCAGCAAUCCUAUGGUGAAACUAUCAGCUAAAUAAGAUAUGGUGGUGGAAUAAUGGAAACCAUACAAAAGAAUUAAAUAUUUUAAUA